CUCUGCCACUAAGACACAGCAAGGCCUUGGCAAGAACCCAAUCAGCCGGCACCUCGAUCUCGGACGUCCCAGCCGCCAGAAGAACGGGGAAUAAACGUCUGUUGUCUCCCCCAUCCCGUGGACCGUAACGUCUAGCAGCCGUGCAAAGGCACGGGGAGGGAGAAGAAACAGAAGUCGCCCAUACAAUGCGAGCUGGGACCUGGGCAAACCCGGGCCGAGUCCACAACCGGGCCCUGCGACAGCCCCACGCUCACCUGCAGUUUCCCUUACCCGCGGUCACCUCGCAUCCGGAAACAUCCAAUGGAAAAACCGCAGGAAGAACCCAUGCACCGGGCCACCUGCGCGCUGGUCUGGGCGUGCGGUGAAAGCUCGCGUGGUGAAAUCUCGCGCGAUGAAAUAUCGCGAGGUCCUCCCCUGCGUACACUCCUGCCCGUGCGUCACGUCGUGGCCGCGCCUGGGCAGGUGGACUGUGGCGGAGGCUCGGUGCUGCGGGCGGUCACCCUUGUUCCAGUCACCCGCGGCCCCACGGGCAGGAACAGUGAUGCUGGGAAUGGGGGUGCGCCCGAGAGGAGCCGGGAAGUGCCGCUCGUGUGUGACGAGGUCAGCACCCACUUUCGGGGGGAAGCACCGCAGAGCAGGACGCCCGUCCUCCCGCCAGUCAUCCUGGAAGCGCGUCCUGAGACCGGCUUCACGUUCGAGGUCAGCCCCCCGCUGUGCACUCCCGUUCAUGUCGUGGAAAAGCUCCUUGGCCGGGUUGCGGUGGGAACAGGAUGUCAUCAGAAAUGGUUUCCUGGCGUCAAACAAGUCAUCUUAAUGCCAGACGUUAACCUUCGGAAAGAAAUUAUGGCAGCGCGGAAGGGCACGGAUGUUGGGGUCUCGGUACUGAUUCGGGGCUGGGACCAGGUCUCCAUCCCUCCUUCCUCCUCGGCGCGGAGGGUAAUAGUGUUCAUUCUGAGGGACACGAUGGGAACAAAGGUGCCACCGACCCGCCGUUGGGAGGUGUUGGCCCGGAGUCCCGACAGCGGCAGCCGUGUGCGGGACACGGCGCCCAGUGAGGCCGCCCCCAGUCCCGGGAGAGGUCCUGCCGUCCCCCCACCCGCCCCGAGGAGAGCGGCCCGGGGAAGGGAGUAA